AUGGCUGGAGGAUGUGUGGAUAACUUGAGCUCAACCCUUUGUCCACCCGCGCUUCGGGAUAUUAAGAACGGAAACAUCGUCGCCUGUAAGUCGGCCUGUGAGGCUUUCAAGACUGAUAAGUACUGUUGCCGUGGAGCUCACAACACUUCAGACACUUGCCCGCCCAAUCAAUACGGUCAACUCUUUAAGAAAGCCUGUCCUGGUGCAUACAGUUAUGCGUAUGAUGAUCGCACAUCGACCUUCGUCUGCCGGGGAAACAAUGGACCAAGCCCCGCCUACACCGUUCAAUUCUCGUCGCCUGUAUUUAAACUAGAAGAGAGAAAUCCUGUCCGUCUUUCUAUUGAUGGCUACUGGCUUCUCCCGGAUGAGUUACUCAAUGGAACUGUUUCUCUUGACGAUUUGAAAGUCUACGUCAAAAAUGAACAAGGUGUGAAGAGGCGAGUUCAUUGGAAAGCUGCUCAUCAUGAACAAGUUGAAAAAGUUUACACAAUUUUCGCAAAAUUGGACAUCACGAGCGAUGACGAGAGUCUGGAGAUUCGUGUGGAAAAGGAGGGGAUAAAGAGUGAAACCGUUCAUCUCCAACUCAAUCCCGCUUUUUUCAAUGGAACGGCGUUAAACGGAAAGAGUUUCUCUCAAAAUCUUAGCUUUAAUAUCAUUCGAAAGAAGAGAUUGUUGACGUCGGGACGCAAUGGAGAGUGUCACUGUGUGGAAAAGAAUUGUGCUUGCUGCCAGGAAAUCGUUUUUCCAAACUUCAAUCAUGGUGUUUGUGUGAACAUCUCGUACAAUCCACUCACAAUCGGGAUGGAUCUCUCAAUCGGCGUUGAUGGGCAUUAUUAUACGUAUGAAAUCUCAGCCCGUAAUCCGCCACCAAUUUGUCUUGAUUUCCCUUAUACAAGAGAGGUUCUUUCACUGUGCAUUGCGUUUGAAGAGAUAGAUUUAACGAGAAAGCAUUUGGCUGGUUGUGUCGAGCUUGAAGCUGAGUUGAUCCAUCUGAGAGUGCUACGGGAGAAGCUUGGCUGCUUCGAUAUUCCGAUU